AUGCGGUCAUCGCGUUACAAUCACAGCCGGUUUUCCUGCGCGUCUGCACCGCGCCCCAGCCCUCCCCAUCCCCCCUCCUCCCCCAUCUCCCCCAUCUCCCCCCUCUCUCCUCCUCGCGAGGACUGCUGUACCGUUCCUCAUCUGCGUCCAUUGUUCAGGGCACAGGCUCUCACCCGGGCUGUGUAUGCGCUCUCCGAGCCGGGGGUGACAGUGUGGUCCAUCGGUGGAAGCAGAGACAUGGGCCCCAGUCCGGACGGUUUCCCCGCACCCCCCUCCCUCCCCUAUCCCCCGUGUCUCCUCCCUCCCCUCUCUCCUGUGUCUUCCCCAGUCUCCUCCCACCCGUCUCCUUCGUGUCUCCCUUCUGUCUCCCUACCUCCCCUCUGCCCCCAACCCAAACUCUCACCCCCCUCCCAUCUCUCUCCUUCACACCUGGGGGACCUCUCCCUCCCUCCUCCGCACACCUAG